GAAGAGGCAGUGGUCAUUGAUGAGUGUUUUCCUGGUGUGUCUCUUGGCCUGCACCAUUACCACAGCAGUAGGAGUCCUGAUUCUCUCCUUGGUCUAUAUUAACAACUCUCAGCCCCGUUCAGAAGUUCCUUUAGAACCUGAAGCCUGGCCUCUGCAAGCAACAACAAUUCCCAUUGUGCAAAAGGCUGUUGAUCCAAAAUUCCAGUUUCUUAAUCAUCUACCUAAAUCCAAGGUGUUUGAGUUCCCUGGUGGUGCAAUUCAGUGGGCCCGGUACAGGAGCAAUGUCAAAGACUAUCUCAGCCUUGAAGAAGAGGCCUUUGGCAGCAGUUUGAACAGUCAGCGAUCGCAGAUGACUCUGGGGACCCUGAGAAUAAAAAGCAAUGGCCUCCGGGCCCCUCACUGGCACUUCAACGCUAACGAACAUGGCUAUCUUGUGCAGGGAUCAGCGUGGAUUGGAGUGGUUGAUGAUGGUGGUGUGGUUACCACGUACAAUGUCACAGCUGGCCAAGUGAUCUUCUUCCCUAAAAAUACACUGCACUGGAUAAAGAAUGUGGGAAAUGAAGACUGCUUUUUCUUACUCUUCUUUUCCACACACGAUGAACUUCAGACCCUGGAUGUUGAUGAUGUAUUUUUUUCUACACCUGAGGACAUUGCUUCCAGGUCACUUAAGCCUGAAGGUGGAAUUAAUUUCAUUAGAACAUUCCAUAAGCAAGAAGAGGAUCAGGCCGUCAACCUUCCUCCCCACCUGGCAGAACUGGUUAUGAAUGCUAGUUAUGCACAGUCUCCAGACAGCCUUGUGUGGAGAUACUUUUAUGACCUUAAAGGUUCAAAAGAAUAUCGAUUUCCAGGAGGAAUAAUACAACGAGCGCAAUAUUGGAGAAAUGGAAGUGAACUAAGCAACAAUGAAAAAAUUUUUAGUGAAUUCCUGAAUCAGCAUCAAAAUGCACUCGCUUUGAGUACACUCAGAAUUUAUAACAACGGAUUACGACAGCCACACUUUCAUUUUAAUGCAAAUGAAAUGGGAUAUGUAAUAAGUGGAUGUGCAAAGGUGGGCAUUAUUAAUACUCAGGGUACCAUAGAGUUUGACAUUCACAUUGGAGAUGUGGUAUUUUUCCCCACUGGAACCCAGCAUUACAUUAAGAGCACAUGUGAUGAGGAUUUACUUUUCAUUCUUGCCUUCAGCACUGGAGACCAGUUGCAAACCCUUGACAUGGAUGAUUAUCUGCAAGCCACGGCAGACCAUAUCCUGGCCCAGCUUUUCUUCAAGAAGCAAAGUGAAUUUAAGAAGAUCCCCAAAUUCAAGGAGGACCAGGCAAUCAACCUGCCUUAGAUUCGUUGAUGAGUUCAUGUCUAUUCUUCCUUCUUCAUUUGUUACUGGUUUUGAAGGAGGAUCACUUGGCUAAUGAGCCUGGAGCUCUCCCCAGAGUGGAAGUGAGAAAGCAGGUGCAAAGCAGCUCCAUGGGCUUAUUUAGCUGAUAGUAAUUAUGGGCAGUUCAUGCUAAGGGAACAUUUCAGUUUAUAGUCAUGCAUCGCUCGACAAUGGAGAUACGUUCUGAGAAAUGUCUUUAGGAGAUUUCAUCAUUGUGUGAACAUCAUAGAGUGUACUUACACGAACCUAGAUGGUAUAGCCUGCUACACACCUAGGCUAUAUGGUACUAAUAUUAUGGAAUCACUGUCAUAUAUGUGGUCCAUCGUUGACCAAAAUGUCAUUAUGCGGCGCAUGACUGUAUUCUGUGUAGAUUAGUAGAUUUAUGGAGGAAACUCAAUGACUUAAUAUAUUUGUAUGGAUUUUAGUAUAUGUGUAUAUAUUUGUUUAUUUUCCUUUUCUUACUUCAAAUUUAUUAUUUCAAAUGAAAAUCCAUUCUUCUUAUGUGCAUCAGUAAAACUUAGCACCAUGCAUGUACUUUUGUUAUUCAUCGCUGUGAGAGGAAGUGAGGUGGUCAGCCUCUGAAUGUACAUAUUGAGGCACUGGAACCCCGUUACAUCAAACCUUGUCUGGAGAGUUUAGUUUGGAACCCUAGCCUGGCAAUUCCCAACCCUUUCAUUGGCAUGGAGAUAAUUUUUAUAGUGCCAAAAUUUUCAAGGACUUACUUUUACGAGUAGUUUUAUACUUAUUGCGUAUUAGCUGAGAAUAUACUUAAUGAUAUAGUAACUAUGAAUUCAAUACCGUCUUUGAAUGUAUUUGGAUUUCAUUAAUCACAUCAAUUAUUUACACUUGAGGAAUAGUCAUCCCUAUAUUUGAGAAAUGUAUGGUUUAUUUAGUCUAUUGGCAAGGCUCGUUGUGUAUGUGAAUUCGAGGACAGCGUAUCAUUGCUUGGAAGCUAAUCAGGGACUCGUGGUGCCCAAAUUGGGAGUCACUGUCUUAAAAGAAAGAAUUUUGUAUUUAUUUAAGUAGAAAAGAAUUUGUUCACAUUGAAUCUGUGCCUGAUUUUUGUUUGCAGUUUAUUUUAACAGAUGUUUGGUACACCUGCCUUAUGCUUGAGUACCAGCAUCAGUUCGGGGGUAUCCUGUAUAAAAUUCUAAAGUCAGUAUGGCUGGGUUUUAAUACUUUCAUCCACCACACCAUCCCUUUUCAAUUAUUCCCCUGACACCUAAUGGGAUUUUUAGAUGUCUUAGGAUGUUUGUUCUUAGGCUACAAAGAAUCUGUAUGUUCUCUCUCUCACUUGCUCUCUGUCUGUCUGGAUAGCUAGCCCUGUUGAAUACAAGUGCAGAAUACAGUGAGAAUCAGUAAUGGCGCACUUUUAGCAUGGGGAAGUACCCACUCACAUAAUGUACAUCGUCAGAUUAUAAAAGGCCUGUUAUCCCUUGGAACCAACUUACUGUGUAUUUCCUUAUUGCCCUUUUCUGGGAGAGCCAGCCAGGAUCAGAGCUUGGUAGCCAUGGAGUGUUGUGGUGGCGGUGGCGUUUCGAAGAGAUUUUAUAGGGAAUCUAUAAACCAGGGGAUGGUGUUCCAGAGGAGCAUGGUUAAGAAGAUGCAGGGAACAGCACAGGACGAUGGGUAUAUGGAAGAAGGAUGUCCAGAUAAGGGAAGAUAGUCGUAAAAGGUAAAUGGCAAUGAGUAUAGACAGAUUUUGUUUUAAUUUUGGAAUUUUUUGUAUAAUAUAGACCAGUUCAUAAUCCAUUUUCUUGUAUCAGGAAGUAUUGUAUCAGAUUACUAUGUGAUCAUUUAAUGAAGAUUUUGUGAAUUUUUGUAUAUUACUUUGUCAUUGUAAUUUUAGAUGAACUCUCUUCUUAUGGUUUUGUAUAUUUGAAGUGUUAUUGGAUUCCCUUGGGUAUCCUUGAAAUACAUCAUCACCUAAAGAAAAUAUGUUAUGAUACUGGAACUUUCUGGGUUCCUUGAUAAUAAUAUACUUGAAGCCUGACUUAGGUUUUCAAUCUACUAUGUAUUUAAAGAAUAAAAAUCUUAAAAAUAAAAAUAAACUCAUGCAGAUGAUUCAG